AUGGCGCUCGUUUCAUACUUUACGACAGUUGCUGAUUUCACAAUUAUAUCAUUUUUGGUUUAUUUAUCAAUUGUGAAAGUGAAAGAUGGCCUAUUCAAGUACCAAAUUCGACGCUGGGCAAGGGGAUGCCUCAGCUACGGAAAUAUUUGGUUUCAUACCUUAGCAUUAUAUGCAGCUAUUAUUUGCUACUUGCCUUACGUGACUCCGAUUUUCUAUGCGAAGAAUUUUGUGAAUAAGGAUCCAUCGAAAUUUACAAAUACAAACCGCUUGGGGUCAGUGUUACUCGUGCUGGGAAACUACGACGGAAACGACUAUUUUCGUUUGUUCUUUAUUGCUAUGCUACUGAAGUUCUCACCUUCCCCCGUUUUUUUGAAUUCAACUGCCAUUGGUCUAAGCACAAUUAUUGCCCUUGAACCUUACCGCCACGCAAUUCUUUCCAUACUCCGAAAACAAAAUUCAUCGAUUACAAGAGUUCAACCAUCAAACAGGAUGAUUGUUGGCGAUUCAAUAAUGUUGCAGUAA